AGAGAAAAAGAGAACAGGGGAGUGAGUGAGCGAGUGAGUGAGCGAGUGAGUGAGCGAGUGAGUGAGCGAGUGAGUGAGCGAGUGAGUGAGCGAGUGAGUGAGUGAGAUCGCUGUGCACUUUGGCACCAGAUGAGUGUGAAAGAAAUCCGGUGCAGAGAGAACGGAGAGAAAAAAGGCAUGUCCAGAAUGCGGCCAGAGCCAAAGAAGGACUGAAAGAAACAGAGGAGGAUGUGUUCAUACUCCAAAAAAGAGUGAAAAAAAGAAAGAGGGAAAACUCAUUCCAAACUAGGUGUGAUUCGUCUCCACGGUACUGAUAAGAUGAAGACGAUUUCCAGUCACACAUUCGGAAAGAAGCGUGUGUGAGUGUUUGCGUGGAGGAUUCUAUUGCAGCCGCCUCUCAGAAGCUUGGUUCUCACAUCUUAGAAGGCGAACAGAGAGGAAGGAUGCCGGAGCAGAAAGUUAGCCUCCCUGCUAAGCUGAUUAAUGGGGGCGUGGCCGGACUGGUGGGCGUGACCUGUGUGUUUCCCAUCGAUCUGGCUAAGACCCGCCUCCAGAAUCAACAGGGUGCUCGGGUCUAUAGCGGGAUGUUGGACUGUUUGACCAAGACGAUUAGGACAGAAGGCUACUUUGGGAUGUAUCGAGGUGCUGCGGUGAACCUCACCCUCGUAACGCCAGAGAAAGCGAUAAAACUCGCAGCCAACGACAUCUUCAGACAACAGCUCUCCAAAGACGGGAAGAUACCGUUAUGGGGUGAGAUCCUCGCAGGCUGUGGGGCAGGAACCUGUCAGGUGGUGGUCACGACCCCGAUGGAGAUGCUCAAAAUACAGCUGCAGGAUGCCGGAAGAUUGGCGGCGCAGAGAUCCGUGUCCACCUCGACUCCGGCCUCCUCACCGUCUCUUGCGUCGUCUCACCACGCUGCGGUUCGUCGCUCGGCCACGGCCAUAACGCUGGAGCUGCUGAGGACGCAGGGCCUCCGGGGCCUCUACAAGGGCACUGGAGCUACUCUGCUCAGGGAUGUUCCAUUCUCGAUGAUCUACUUCCCGCUGUUUGCCAAAUUUAAUGCGGUGGGGCGGAGCGGAGAGCUCUCUCACGAGCGCGCACCUUUCCUGCAGUCCUUCGUGUCAGGAUGCGCCGCCGGCUCGGUGGCAGCCGUGGCUGUCACUCCUCUGGACGUCAUAAAGACUCGUCUUCAGACUCUGCAGAAGGGGGCAGGAGAAGAUUCAUACCAGGGCAUCAUCGAUUGUACACGGCGCAUUCUGAGUCGAGAAGGACCGUCAGCCUUUCUUAAAGGAGCAACAUGUCGAGCUCUGGUCAUCGCACCGCUUUUUGGGAUCGCACAAGGCAUCUACUUCCUGGGUGUGGGUGAGGAGGUGAUGAAGCUGCUGGGAUAGAAAUGAAGUGUCAUAUCAAUAAACAAACACACAGUACUGUUUCAAUACGUGGAGAGAUAGAGAGAGAGAGAGAGAGAGAGGGAGAGAGAGAGAGAGCGAGAGAGAGAGAGAGACCAGGGGUUAGUUAUGGAGUAAGUGGUUAAUACGAGACAGAUGUCCACUUACGUAACCAAAGGAGUUAUAGAAAAAGAAAAUGCUGUUUAUGUGAUCGCUAAGUGUGUAAACAGGGUUCUUUAUACUAAACAGGGUACAGGUCUAUAUGAAAGAUUUAAUCCAUUUGUUUGCAAGUGAUUAAUUGUGGAGAACAGAAAGAAUGUUGGAUAGCGUGCAAGUGGAAUAGAGUUAUAAACUCAGACAGAUCAAGACACGUGCUUGGUGCUUUGUUUCUUAUCAUUUGACAUUUACAGCAUCUAGCAGACGCCCUUAUCCAGAGCGACUCACGUUUUCUAAUCUUUUAUACAACUGAGCAAUUGAGGGUUAAGGGCCUUGCUCAGGGGCCCAACAGUGGGAGCUUGGUGGACCUGGGAUUGAACUCACAACCUACCGAUCGGUAGCACAACACCUCAACCACUAGGCUACCACAUGCCCCAUAUUAUUGUUUAAGAGCCAGCUCUUAAGGUGUUGCGCUACCGAUCGGUAGGUUGUAAGUUCAAUCCCAAGUAACAGACAUUAUAGGAUGUGCCGCUGUGUUCAUCUGUGCUUCGAAUCCUCUACUUUGCUCAGCUGUUGGAUUACUCCUGUUAAAGCUGGAGACUGCUUUUUUAGUUUUAAGUAACAUAUUCCCUUUAGUAAAUAAAUAAUUAUGCAAAUCAUACCAAUCCAACCAAUCACGUAAAGGAGGCGUGUCUACUCGAGUACGUUCAGGACACGUGCAUUUACUUUUGGGAUUGAACGACGGUUACCAUUAAACCAUGACCCAAGAUCAGAGAAAAACAGUAUAUUAAUGAUUGUAUUCAAAUAUUAUUCAUUAUCUUCUGCUUAUGCUAAUUUUAUAUAAGUGUAGCGAAAUCUUAUAUUUUGUUUGCUGUUGUUGGUUUUUUUUGCUCGCUACAAAAAGAUAUCUAUAUAGCUGAAUAGUCUAUAACACCAAAAAAAAAACAAACACUACACAUAAUCAGAAAGUGACUUAUUAUAAACGUUUCUGUUUUAUAAAUGAAGAAUGAGCAGAAUAUUGAGUUUGUGGUCUGGUCACAUGACACUCAUAUGCAGCAAGGUUUUGAGAAAACCUUCGUCAAACAUCAAUGCAAGUAAUACUGUUUUUUUUUUUAAUAUAUAUACUAUAUGUUGUUCUUUUUAAUCAUACAAACUCUUGAGUAUUAUUACUGUACCGAAUGGAGAAAAGAGCACAAGUAACGUUUAAAAAAAAAUAGAGAUUUUUGGCAGAAAGACACAUUGAGAAGAAAGCAAACGCCUCCUUGUGGCUGGAAUGUACACUACAGUCUGACUGAAAUCAGUAAGGAUAAAUGUUUUUUUUUGUACUUAUUAUUCAGUAAAGUCGUUUUAUUCUAUUUAUCUGAUCUUAUUACAUGAAAAUCAUGUACAGCGAUUGUAUAUUCUAUUCUGAUUUUACAUAUUUAACUGUAACGUUUAAUCUCAAUGUACGAUGUAAUCAGUCCCUCCAGGAUUUAGCGAAGGUAGAAAGUAAACGCACAAUCAAUCAUUCAAACCCUGCGAUAUUCGUAGGAGAUUUUUGCAAAACAGACCGCAGUUUUUUGGCAGAUUUGGGACGGGGCGAUCAUCAUCGUAAUCUAUUCACGUGCGUCGGACAUGAGUACAACUAUCAUAGAAGAUAAUUACGUGUCCUCACUUGUAGGAGUUUAAUAAAAGAAACACGUGCUUACAAUUUUGCCAAGUAGAUUUUUCCACUAAAAGCUAUUGAACAAAUCAUGGAGAAACUGAUAAACUGAAAAACGAUGCAAACACAUUCCUCUGACUGGUUUAAUGACCAGGUUUCACUUUUCUAAUCAGUUGUUCCGUUGAAGGAUAUUUGGAUGUUUAAUAGAUGUUUCAUUCCCAAAGAGGAUCUAUAUGUAUGUAUGAAUGUAUGUAUGUAUGUGUAUGUAUAUAUAUGUAUGUGUAUAUAUAUAUACAUAUAUAUAUGUAUGUGUAUAUAUAUAUAUGUAUGUGUGUAUAUAUAUAUAUAUGUAUGUGUGUAUAUAUAUAUAUAUAUAUAUAAAAUCCUCUGUUGGUUUCAAGUAAAAACUUUUACUUCAGUGGGACAGAACGAAAAACCUAUUUAUUUUUCCUGCAGUGGUGCUUGAAUUGCGAACCCUUUUUUAUACUGUACAUUUAACCUAAAGCUAAAAACCAGCACAGAUCAAGAGAAUCUGAUUAAUAGUAGGAUAUGUUCCAGUAUUGGGAGAAGUACGUGACCCUUUGGCCGUCAGUGUCUGGUGUGACUUGUGCAGUUAUAUGUUAUAAGUUAUACUUAUGCAAGGUUAUGCAGUUAUACAGUACAGAAAAUUCUAAAGGGUUCACAAUCUUUCAAGCUUUCAACGUAUAAUUUCCACCAGGUAUAAGACAGACAAAGGCAGUUUUGUUUAAUAUAGAACCUGACAGUAUUUCUACAGCAUCCACAAUCACAGCACUGGGCCUCAUUUAUCAGUUCGGAUAUAAACCGUUAGGGUUUAUUUGUAAACUGCUCACUGGAGCACUUAAGACGUGUCGUCAUAUGAAUAUUCCGUAGAGGAAAACAUGUCGCUGUCAUGCGGAAUCCUCGUAUCUCCAAAACCGGUAUUUUUCAGGAAAUUAAAAAAACGCUGUACAUUAUCUGCAAUGCACAUGGUUUAGUCCACAUGUCAGUGGAUUGUCUUGCACAGUGGAUUGGAUUGUCUUCCUGUCCUCAGACGAGCACCAGAACUAGCGGGGGUCAAGAUUUUUUUUUCCAUUGAGCCCAGUGUUUUGCAGAUAUUUUUCUCAGAAGACGUUUUGAUUCGUUGCGACUCUUCUUGAUGAGAAAUAUGCCACGAAGCUCUCCCGCGGAGUGAAGAAGAGGUGGACAGUUGAAGUGUCCAAUGGAGUUAUGAGAUUUGCGCUCAAGCUAUUUAAGACUUUAGAUUGGUUAAUAACUAGUAAAAAUAACAGACCCACGUGGGGACUGACUGAUAGCAUGGAUAUGUGAAAAAAUAUGAAAUUGACAAAAUUUGGACAUACGAGGUUCCCGCCCGACAGCGACGAUAUUUGAAUGUGUAUGUUUUGCUGUGUAAAUUUACUUAAAAGGACACUAAUUUGAAAUCAAGUUAAGGGGGGGGGGGGCAUUAACUCAAUUACACACCAUUUUGGGUAACACUUUUACUUGAAACAAAGCGAUCUAAAACAACGUCUAGUCUAGCCGAUCAUAUAUAGUAUAGAAGUAACGUUGCACUAUCAAGAGGACGGAUUAGUGCGUCUGUGGUACGUGAUACUGUGCUGCAUUACCAGAAGACGCUCUUUCCACGUUUAGUCGCCAUUUUCAUGUCUUAUGGAGUUCUGUGGCCUUCCAGAAACUCAAAUCAACCGCUUUGAGAAGGUGCUUGGAAAUUUACAGCUGAUUUCUGUCUACAAACAAAUUUGUAUUUUAGCUAAACAACUGAUGAAUGCAGGGGGCACGGAUGCUUAGUGGUUAGCACGUUAGCCUCACACCUCCAGGAUUCGGGGUUCGAUUCCCACCUCUGCCUUGUGUGUGUGGAGUUUGUUCUCCCCUUGCCUCAGGGGUUUCCUGCCCCGGUCCAAAGACAUGCAUGGUAGGUUGAUUGGCAUCUCUGGAAAAUUGUCUGUAGUGUGUGUGUGUGUGUGUGUGUGCCCUGUGAUGGGUUGGCACUCCGUCCAGGGUGUAUCCUGCCUCGAUGCCCGAUGACACCGGAGAUAGGCACAGGCUCCCCGUGACCCGAGAAGUUCGGAUAAGCGGUAGAAAAUGAAUGAAUGAAUGAACUGAUAAAUGCAGCCCUGUGGUGCAUGUAAGCAUUUGUGCAUGAAAGAGUGAUUGUACGCUCUUAACGCAGAAUUGACUAGAAGUACAGUGACAGUAUUGUGUCCAAAUGAAACAUGAUGUGUCCAUCAUUUCAAUACGAGAAGUUAUUUCAUGUGAUGUACAUACUGAAUGUGAUGAGAUAUUUCUACUGAUUUGUUCUCAUGUUCGAAGACAAUGAAAGGAAGAAAAAAAAAACUGUACCUUUUUUUGGUUGAUGUUUGUAUUGUAACAAAGGAUUUUAACAUGACAGCAGUACUGAAAUGUCUCCAAAUAUAGAAAUAAAAUAUUCUAUUUA